AUGUCUAAUCAAGAGAAAAAUACUACACCUUAUGAUCCAAAUGAUUAUUCAUAUACAAUGUCACAACAGGAACAACCAAGUUAUGUUGACCAAGAAAAGUAUGAUUUUAUGAAAAUGCAAUACGAAGAAGAAAUAUUAGACCUUAAAGAGAAAGUUAAAAAGUAUGAAGCCGGAUAUCACCAAGCAAAGGGGUUAUUAAAAGAAUAUGAUUCUCUCAUUAAUUAUUUCCCUCCUCGUGGAGAACAUUUUUGUUGUGGAAAAAUAGAAAAAAGUUCAUGUGUUAAUGGUGUUUAUAACACUAAUUUUUCUACACCAUUUGCUAGUAUUCCAAAGGUUAUGGUAUGUGUUCUUUAUCCACAAAUUAAUAAAAUUGAUGCUUCAAAUAUUGAAGCAACUGAGACAGGAUUUGUAUUAAAAGUUGGUUCAGGAGUGCCAUCAUUAGUAGAUGGAUCAUUCUUUUUUUGGAUGGCUUAUUGUCCAAUAAAACCAAAAUCAGAAAAAUUAAUACAAAUAGUUGAUAAAUUAAAAGGUGUAAAAGUGAUGAGUGAAAAAGAAGCUGAAACACAAAUAUCAAAAUAUAUAAAAAAGUAUGGUGUUAAUGAUGAAGAUGCUACUGGAAGAACAUUUUUAUAUUAUGCAUGUGAAAAAAAUUAUAAAAAUUUAUGUGAAUUUUUAAUUAAUAAAGGAGCUAAUGUAAAUGCAUGUGAUGAAAAUAGAUAUUCUCCUUUACAUAAAGCUUUAACUGCUGAAAAAAUUGAUAAAUCACUUGUAAUUCUCUUAAUAGAACAUGGAGCUGAUCGUGCUUUAAAGAAUGAAAGAAUGAAUACACCAUUACAUUAUUUAUGUAGAAAUAAAAAUUUAAAAGAUUAUUAUGAUAUUCUUGAAUUAUUACUGAAAAAAGGAAGUAAAGAAGAAAAUGCUAAUUUUGUUAAUAUUACUAAUUCAACUGGAGAUACUGCUCUAACUAUGGUAUGUGCUAAUUCAAUGGAUCUUAAAUCAAUUCAAUUAUUAUGUGAAUCAGGUGCAAACGUUAAUCAUCAAACAAAUAACGGAAUAUUUCCUUUAUAUUCUGCUGUUAUGAAAGGAAAUACAGAUUUAAUGGAAAUGCUUCUUAAAUAUGGAGCUAAUAUUGGACAAGUUUAUAAAGGAAAACCAUUGUCUCAAGUUGCAGAAGAAAAAGGUCAAAUGGAAGAAUUAAUGAAUAUAAUUAGAAUUAAAUAUGAUGGUGCUGUUCUUAGUGUACAAGAAAUUCAAAGUACUUCUGAAACAUUUGAAAAUGUUCCAUUCCCAACAGAAGUUUGGACUGAUAGUGUAAUGAAUUCUAAAUUACUUCAUAUUGAUAUGGAUACUCUUCCAACAGGAUUUCAUGUUGAAAAUUAUUUUACAUCAACAACACAUAAAUAUGAUUUGUUAUUAAAGAGAAACGUUCAUGAUCCACAAGCAUGUAUUCCAUAUUAUCAAAAAUAUUUUACAUCUGCUGAUCAUAAUAAUUAUAUUAUUCAUCAUGAAAAUGAUAUUUCUAUUGUAUCAAUAUCAGAUGAUAAAACAAGAAAAAGAGUUAUAAUAAGAAAUAAAAGAAAUGAUAUUAGAAAGAUGUUUGAAGGAAAAACUGAUCAUCAAAUUUUAAAAGAAUUAUUCCCAGAUUUUAAAGAAAAAUCAAUGGCUCCAAUAAGAGGAGAACCUAUUUAUAAUGCAUUAUGUAAAUUUGAAAAUUUCUUUACUUAUAAAAGAUAUAAAUUUGGUGUAUUGUAUGCUGCUCCUGGACAAACUAAAGAAAUGGAAUUCUUUAAUAAUAGAAAAGGCUCAGAUUAUUUUGAACAUUUCUUAACACUUCUUGGAGAUAAAGUUGAAUUAUUUGGAUAUCAAGGAUUUGCUGGUGGAUUAGAUACUAAGAAUCGUUUAAUGGGAGAUUAUACUUAUGUUAAUAAAUUUUCACUUGAUAAUAUAGAAAUUGUUUAUCAUAUUGCUCCAUAUUUACCAUUUAUGGAAACAAAUGAUCCACAAUUAGAUAAGAAAAGACAUAUAGGUAAUGAUGUUUGUGUAUAA